AUGGGGCACUUCUGUCCUCAGGGUAGCGAGUCUCCCAAACCCUGUCCCAUUGGCACCUUUCUUCCAGAGCCUGGAGCUUUCUCUUUGUCACACUGCCGCUCUUGCCCCCCAGGGCAAUACUGCCUCACUCCUGGAGCCUCACAGCCUUCAGGCUAUUGCUUUAAAGGCUUUUUCUGCUCUGGAGGUGCUGACAGACCCACACCACGAGCCAACUUAUCCUCGGUCAUCUGUCUUCUCAAAAUACUUGAGCUGUCUUCCAUGAAGAUGGAAGCUGCUGUCUGGAAGCACAAUCUGUCCAACUCUGGAAGAAACGCUAACUGGAUCAAAGUGGAAAUGGUGCCGCAGGCAGAUUCAGACCGUGUUGUGAAUGACUCAGCUCCUCAUCUCAAGAGUCCACAUUAUACAUGUUCCACCUACAGAGGAGAUAUUUGUCCUCGGGGUUUCUAUUGUCCUGUGGGAUCUGCUUAUCCUCAGCCUUGUGAAGCUGGUUUUUACUGCAAUCAAAGUGGUCUGGAAGCUCCAGCAGGAUCCUGUGCAGCAGGUUAUUUCUGUCCCACUGGCUCUGUGGACCCGAAUGUCCAUCCAUGCCCAGCGGGACACUUCUGCCCUCUGGAGACUCCACUUCCUUUGCCCUGUCCUCUUGGAACCGUAAAAAACUACCUCGGUGGAUCCACAGUCGAGGCUUGCCAGCCGUGCCCUCCGGGUCACUACUGCAACCAGAGGGGGAUAGCUGCACCCAGUGGACAGUGUGCAGCAGGCUACUACUGUCCUGCAGGACAGAGCUCCGAGAGACCAGAACAACACGUCUGCACAGUGGGACAUUAUUGUGAGAAGGUUGGUCAUUUAGCAUAAUAUCCAUUAGCUAAGGGGGCUUCGACAAAUAUUUACAGAGGUACAGUUAUAAAAAAAUUAAUGUAAUUUAUUUUUUAAUAGCCGGGGAUUGGUGGCACAUCUGCAUUCAAAUAUCUAUCACUGAAUUCAAAUUAAUUCAGAACUUUUUGACAGAAUUACGUAACAUAGUAUAACACACAUGGAACUGUGCACCACACACAUACAACAGGAACACUACCAGGACAACUGCCGACAUUAUCAAGAAAACUAGAUGAAAGGAGGAUCCACUAGCUCUCAUCAGCUUCUUACACAGAUCAAACACCU